CCCAUCGCUCAGCAGCAUGGCAAAUAUCCAGUAUACGAGACACGAAGGCCACGACCAAGAGUCGGAGAGACUAUUGAUUCUGACUACGACGAAGGCGAUGCUAUUCUAGCUUGGGGUGGCCACGCAAUUACCAUAACCUCUGGAAGCACGGGUUCCGUCCUGUAUGGACUUUCCAGUAAGGAUACCCUGGAGAUGAGAUCCCAGUGGAUAUUCGCGAAUAGCUUGAGGGAAAUGGCCAGCGUAACUGCGCAAAUGAUCGGGCCCCUACGUAGUCUCGCAUGGCUAGCAGGGCUCGAUGAACUUAUCAAAGCCAUCGACCACCCUGCGUACGUUAUUCAGGAUGAUAUAGAAAUCGAUGAGUGGAAGAAGGAACUGUACCGCCCAUCAUCUGGGCCAAGGACUCUUCCUAGUGCUGUGCCAGCAGCCGUCAAAGGGACGGUUGAAACCCACAGUUUCCAAGGGAACAAGAAGAGUUACAAACUAGUACGGUUUGACAAAAGCGCCUUGAGACUGGAAGCGAAUAUUCGGAAGGUAGUCGGAGCCCCACUUGAGUUAAAAAACCUUUGGUUUCGAGGACUAAAUUUCGGUGCAUUGGAAUCAACACUGGCCUUCUUCAUCUAG